AUUCACUCAAAAAACCACAACAAAAUCGCAAAUCGCAAACGGCAAGCAGCAGGAACCUGAAGAAAGAGAGUGAAGCAAGAAACGGCAACACCAGAAUGGCAAAUCGCAAGCAGGAAGAGAAUUCAGCUUUGCAUUUGAUCUGAAUUUACACGAUUGGAAGACAAUGGAGUGUGCAAUGAAAAUAUCAUGUCGCCUAGCUCCUACCUCUAAUUGCAUAUGCCCAAAGAUUUGAUGCUUUAAAGGACAAUUGGGUUUAAACAUACAGCGAAUCUGAUUCUGCUAUUUCAUCUGGAAUUAAAUAAGUAAUUUCAAUGGAUGUCAAAACGGCUGCUAGUAAUUCUUCUCCGCCUCGAGCCAAAUGGAGAAAAGUAGCAUAUGGCGGUAUGCAACCUGGAUAUGAUGACAAUCAUACCGAUGAAACCUUCCUUGAAGGAAUGGUCAUGAAUGCUAGCGUUGUAAAAAGGAACAUGCUAAAGGUGAUGCUGGACGCAGUUUCUAUUUCUGAAUAUUUAUGCAUUGUUGCUCUUGUUGUCUUGGUCUGGACUUGCACACUUUCAUCAUCUCUCGAUGAAAAUUCUCUCUUGUUAAUUGAUAUAAGUCUUCUUGUUUCAGGCUUUCUAAUUCUCCUUUUUACUCAAAAAAAGCUUUCACUUAGUCUUCUCCUUCAUUAUGCCCUCAAUGUCUCAUUUUUCAUAACUGGUUUAUAUGUUUUGGCUCCAAUCUACCAAACUCUUACGAGGUCCAUCAGUUCUGAUUCCAUUUGGGCAGUAACUGUAUCACUUCUCAUACUGCACCUUUUCCUGCAUGAUUAUUCAGAAUCCACCGUCAAAGCCCCAGGGGCUUUGAAGAACCCUGCAUUAACCAGCUGUAUAUCUGUAAAUGCUUCUGUAGUCGCCUCGGUUUUUAUUGCUUCACGUCUUCCAUCAAGACUACAUGUGUUUGCCAUCAUGUUAUUCUCAUUGCAGGUUUUCCUUUUUGCUCCACUGGUUACAUACUGCAUUAAAAAAUAUUCCUUCUGCUUACACAUAUGCUUUUCUAUUAGUUUGAUGGUCCUGACCUUAAGUUUUGUGUAUACACUGCAUCGCUUGCUAUUUGUGCUGCUACUUAGUUUGUUGGUUUUUGUCAACCUGGUUUGCCCUUAUUGGCUUAUAAGGAUUCAGGAAUAUAAGUUUGAGAUCAAUGGACCCUGGGACGAGGCUAAGCUUUGUUUUGAUAUUACAGACUAAAAUCAGAACAUGGUUAUUUGUUGAGAAAUUGGAGUGGCCUAUGGUUUAGGUGGAAGUAUAAUUUACUCACUGGUCUAGUUUUAGGAUCAAGUUGAUGGGAAGGUUCUUGCUGUUCAAAGUUAGAGUAGGGUAAGAAAAUGAUGUUUGUACUCAUGCCUUAGAAUUAUAUGUAAUGAAGGUUUCACAAAUAUUUAAAAUUUUGAGUACCAUUUUAUGUUGUCACAUUCAAAUCAACUAGUUUUGAUUUUAUUGAAGUCUUCAACAGUUAAACUAUGUGGACAAUGAGAGAAUAAAAUUAGUCACUUUUUUCAA